CGGGGGAGGGGUGGGGAGCACCAUGCAGUUUGUAUCCUGGGCCACACUGCUAACGCUCCUGGUGCGGGACCUGGCGGAGAUGGGGAGCCCAGACGCCGCGGCGGCCGUGCGCAAGGACAGGCUGCACCCGAGGCAAGUGAAAUUAUUAGAGACACUGAGCGAAUACGAAAUCGCAUCUCCCAUUAGAGUGAACGCUCUCGGAGAACCCUUUCCCACGAACGUGCACUUCAAAAGAAGGCGACGGAGCAUUAACUCAGCCUCUGACCCCUGGCCUGCCUUCGCCUCCUCCUCUUCCUCCGCUACCUCCUCCCAGGCGCAUUACCGCCUCUCCUCCUUCGGCCAGCAAUUUCUAUUUAAUCUCACCGCCCAUGCUGGAUUUAUCGCUCCACUGUUCACUGUCACCCUCCUCGGGGCACCCGGGGUGAACCAGACAAAGUUUUAUUCCGAGGAGGAAGCGGAACUCAAGCACUGUUUCUACAAAGGCCAUGUCAAUACCAAGUCCGAGCACACGGCGGUCAUCAGCCUCUGCUCAGGAAUGCUGGGCACAUUCCGGUCCCAUGAUGGGGAUUAUUUUAUUGAACCACUACUGUCCAUCGAUGAACAAGAAGAUGAAGAGGAACAAAACAAACCCCACAUUAUCUAUAGGCGCAGCGCCCCCCACAGAGAGCCCUCAACAGGAAGGCAUGCAUGUGACACCUCAGAACACAAAAAUAGUCACAGGAAAGACAGGAGGAGAAUGAGGACGAGAAAAUGGGGAGAAAGGAGCAGCCUGGCUGAAGAUGUGGCCGUAUUAAAAAGCAGCCUAGCCACCAAAGCGCUUUUUGCCUAUGGUAACGAGACAGACAGCACACGGGAAAAGAGGACCCACAGAAGAACAAAACGUUUUUUAUCCUAUCCACGGUUUGUAGAAGUGAUGGUGGUGGCAGACAACAGAAUGGUUCUAUACCAUGGAGCAAACCUUCAACACUAUAUUUUAACUUUAAUGUCAAUUGUAGCCUCUAUCUAUAAAGACCCAAGUAUUGGAAAUUUAAUUAAUAUUGUUAUUGUGAACUUAGUUGUGAUUCAUAAUGAACAGGAAGGACCUUCCAUAUCUUUUAAUGCCCAGACAACAUUAAAAAACUUUUGCCAGUGGCAGCAUUCAAAGAACCAUCCAGGUGGAAUCCAGCAUGAUACAGCUGUUCUUGUAACAAGACAGGAUAUCUGCAGAGCUCACGACAAAUGUGAUACCUUAGGUCUGGCUGAACUGGGAACCAUUUGUGAUCCCUAUAGAAGCUGCUCUAUUAGCGAAGAUAGUGGAUUGAGUACGGCUUUUACAAUAGCCCAUGAACUGGGCCACGUGUUCAACAUGCCUCACGAUGACAACAAUAAAUGCAAAGAAGAAGGAGUCAAGAGCCCCCAGCACGUCAUGGCCCCGACAUUGAACUUCUACACCAACCCCUGGAUGUGGUCAAAGUGUAGUCGAAAAUAUAUCACUGAAUUUUUAGACACUGGUUACGGCGAGUGUUUGCUCAACGAACCUGAAUCCAGACCCUACCCUUUGCCUCCCCAACUGCCAGGCCUCCUUUACAACGUGAAUAAACAAUGUGAACUGAUCUUUGGACCAGGUUCUCAGGUGUGCCCCUAUAUGAUGCAGUGUAGACGACUCUGGUGCAAUAACGUGGAUGGAGCGCACAAAGGCUGCCGGACUCAGCACACACCCUGGGCUGAUGGGACCGAGUGUGAGCCUGGAAAGCACUGCAAGUUUGGAUUUUGUGUUCCCAAAGAAAUGGAGGUCCCCGUGACUGACGGAUCCUGGGGAAGUUGGAGUCACUUUGGAACCUGCUCAAGAACGUGUGGAGGGGGCAUCAAAACAGCUGUUCGUGAGUGCAACAGACCAGAGCCAAAAAAUGGUGGGAAGUACUGUGUAGGGCGUCGGAUGAAGUUUAAGUCCUGCAACACGGAGCCGUGUCUCAAGCAGAAGCGAGACUUCCGAGACGAGCAGUGUGCUCACUUUGAUGGGAAGCAUUUCAACAUCAACGGUCUGCUUCCGAACGUGCGCUGGGUCCCAAAGUACAGUGGAAUUUUGAUGAAAGACCGGUGCAAGCUCUUCUGCAGGGUGGCGGGGAACACAGCCUACUAUCAGCUCCGUGACAGAGUGGUAGAUGGAACUCCGUGUGGCCAGGACACCAAUGACAUCUGUGUCCAAGGCCUUUGCCGGCAAGCUGGAUGCGAUCAUGUUUUAAACUCCAAAGCCCGGAGAGAUAAAUGUGGGGUUUGUGGUGGCGAUAAUUCUUCGUGCAAAACAGUGGCAGGAACAUUUAAUACAGUACAUUAUGGUUACAAUAUCGUGGUCCGAAUCCCAGCUGGUGCUACCAAUAUCGAUGUGCGGCAGCACAGUUUCUCAGGGAAAUCCGAGGAUGAUAACUACUUAGCUUUAUCAAGCAGUAAAGGUGAAUUCUUGCUAAAUGGAGACUUUGUUGUCACAAUGUCCAAAAGGGAAAUCCGUAUUGGGAAUGCCAUCAUAGAGUACAGCGGGUCCGACAACGUAGUGGAAAGAAUCAACUCUACGGAUCGUAUUGAACAAGAACUUUUGCUGCAGGUGUUGUCGGUGGGAAAGUUAUACAACCCUGACGUGCGCUAUUCUUUCAAUAUUCCGAUUGAAGACAAACCUCAGCAGUUUUACUGGAACAGUCAAGGACCCUGGCAAGCGUGCAGCAAACCCUGCCAAGGGGAGCGGAAACGAAAACCUGUUUGCACCCGGGAAUCAGAUCAGCUUCCAGUUUCUGAUCAAAGAUGUGAUCAGCUACCCCAACCAGCACCCAUUACCGAACCCUGUGGCACGGACUGUGACCUGAGGUGGCACGUGGCCAGCAGGAGUGAAUGUAGUGCCCAGUGUGGCUUGGGUUACCGCACGUUAGACAUCUACUGUGCCAAAUACAGCAGGCUAGAUGGGAAGACCGAGAAGAUUGAUGACAGUUUUUGCAGUAGUCACCCCAAACCAAGCAACCGGGAAAAAUGCUCGGGAGAAUGUAACACGGGUGGCUGGCGCUAUUCUGCUUGGACUGAAUGUUCUAAAAGCUGUGAUGGUGGAACCCAGAGGAGAAGGGCAAUUUGUGUCAACACCCGUAAUGAUGUACUGGAUGAUAGCAAGUGCACACAUCAAGAGAAAGUCACCGUUCAGAGGUGCAAUGAGUUCCCUUGUCCACAGUGGAAGUCGGGAGACUGGUCAGAGUGCUUGGUCACCUGCGGAAAGGGGCAUAAGCACCGCCAGGUCUGGUGUCAGUUUGGCGAAGAUCGAUUGAACGAUAGAGUUUGUGACCCUGAGACCAAGCCUGCCUCCAUGCAGACCUGUCAGCAGCCAGAAUGUGCGUCCUGGCAGGCGGGUCCCUGGGGACAGUGCAGUGUCACUUGUGGACAAGGAUACCAGCUGAGAGCAGUGAAAUGCAUUAUUGGGACAUACAUGUCGGUGGUGGAUGACAAUGACUGCAAUGCAGCAACUAGACCCACUGAUACCCAGGACUGUGAAUUACCAUCUUGUCACCCUCCCCCAGCUGCCCCGGAAGCCAGGAGAAGCACACACAAUGCUCCAAGGACCCAGUGGCGAUUUGGGUCUUGGACUCCAUGUUCAGCCACUUGUGGAAAAGGUACCCGGAUGAGAUAUGUCAGCUGUCGGGACGAGGAUGGCUCUGUGGCGGACGAGAGUGCCUGUGCGACCCUGCCUAGACCCGUGGCAAAGGAGGAAUGCUCUGUGACGCCCUGUGGGCAGUGGAAGGCUCUGGACUGGAGCCCUUGCUCCAUGACGUGUGGGCAAGGUAGGGCGACCCGGCAAGUGGUCUGUGUCAACUACAGUGACCACGUGAUCGAUCAAAGCGAGUGCGACCCCGAAUAUAUCCCAGAAACCGAGCAAGACUGUUCCAUGUCACCUUGCCCUCAGCGGACCCCAGACAGUAGCCUCGCUCAGCACCCUUUCCAGAACGAGGAUUAUCGCCUCAGGGGCGUUAGCCCUAGCCGCACCCACGUGCUCGGAGGAAACCAGUGGAGGACCGGCCCCUGGGGAGCAUGUUCCAGUACCUGUGCUGGUGGGUCCCAGCGGCGUGUGGUUGUGUGUCAGGAUGAAAACGGAUACACCGCCAAUGACUGCGUGGAGAGAAUAAAACCCGAUGAGCAGAGAGCCUGUGAAUCUGGCCCUUGUCCUCAGUGGGCUUAUGGCAACUGGGGAGAGUGUACUAAGCUGUGUGGUAGAGGCUUGCGAACGAGACUGGUGGUCUGUCAACGGCCCAACGGGGAACGGUUUCCAGAUCUGAGCUGUGAAAUUCUUGAUAAGCCUCCAGACCGGGAGCAGUGUAACACACACGCUUGUCCUCAAGAUGCCGCAUGGAGCACUGGCCCUUGGAGUUCGUGUUCUGUCUCUUGUGGUCGAGGGCAUAAACAACGAAAUGUUUACUGCAUGGCAAAAGAUGGAAGCCAUUUAGAAAGUGAUUACUGUAAACACCUUGCUAAGCCAAAUGGGCACAGAAAGUGCCGAGGAGGAAGAUGCCCCAAGUGGAAGGCUGGCGCCUGGAGUCAGUGCUCAGUGUCCUGCGGCCAAGGUGUGCGGCGGAGAAAUGUGGGCUGUCAGAUGGGAACGCACAAAAUAGCCAGAGAGACCGAGUGCGACCCGUACAGCAGACCCGAGUCGGAACGCGCCUGCCAAGCCCCGCUGUGUCCGCUCUACGCCUGGAGGACCGAGGAGUGGCAAGAAUGCACCAAGACUUGCGGCGAAGGCUCCAGGUACCGCAAAGUGGUGUGUGAGGAUACGGACAAAGGUGGCGAGGUUCAUGGUGUACACUGUGACAUGAGCACGCGGCCUGUGGAUCGUAAGAGCUGUAGUUUACCUCCCUGCGAGUAUGUCUGGAUCACAGGAGAAUGGUCGGAGGACCUCGUCAAGGGGACCAUCCCCCUGGAAAUGAGAGGAAAGCCACGUGGCUUGAACAACAGCUCAGGAGACACCAGGAAAGAGAGACACUGGCUUUCAGUAUGUUCAGUGACCUGUGGAAAGGGCUACAAACAAAGGCUUGUCUCCUGUAGUGAGAUUUACACCGGGAAGGAGAAUUACGAGUACAGCUACCAAACCACCGUCAACUGCCCGGGCACGCAGCCGCCCAGCGUCCAGCCCUGCUACCUGCGGGAGUGCCCGGUCUCGGCCACCUGGAGAGUCGGCAACUGGGGGAGCUGCUCCAUGUCCUGUGGCGUCGGAGUGAUGCACAGGUCCGUGCAGUGUCUCACCAACGAGGACCAGCCCAGCCACCUGUGCCCCGCUGACUUGAAGCCAGAAGAAAGAAGAACCUGCCACAAUAUCUAUAACUGCGAGUUACCCCAGAGCUGCAAGGAGGUGAAAAGGCUGAAAGGUGCCAGUGAAGAUGGGGAAUACUUCCUGGUCGUCACGGGAAAGCUCCUGAAGGUAUUCUGUGCAGGGAUGCACUCUGACCACCCCAAGGAGUACAUGACCCUGGUCCACGGCGACUCUGAGAACUUCUCCGAGGUUUACGGGCACAGGUUGCACAACCCAACCGAGUGUCCCUACAACGGGAGCCGCCGCGAUGACUGCCAGUGCCGGAAGGACUACACGGCGGCUGGGUUCUCCAGCUUCCAGAAGAUCAGAAUAGACCUGACCACCAUGCAGAUCAUAACCACGGACUUACAGUUUGCCAGGACAAGCGAAGGACAUCCAGUCCCUUUUGCCACCGCUGGGGACUGCUACAGCGCCGCCAAGUGCCCACAGGGUCGUUUCAGCAUCAACCUUUACGGAACCGGCCUGUCUCUAACUGAAUCUGCCAGAUGGAUCUCACAAGGGAAUUAUGCCGUCUCUGACAUCAAGAAGUCGCCGGAUGGUACCCGCGUCAUAGGGAAAUGCGGUGGUUACUGUGGAAAAUGUGCUCCAUCCUCUGGCACUGGCCUGGAAGUUCGAGUUUUAUAGUUAAGGUGCUCUGAAGAGGAAGCCUUUGUGGGAUGGAUGAAGGAUAGUGAUGCAAUACCUCCACCUUAAAAUUUGAGUGUGUGUGUGUGUGUAUGUGUGUGAGGACUUGUGUGCCCGAGUGUGUGUGUGUGUACAUAUGCAUAUAUAUAUAUAUACAUAUAUACACACACAUAUAUAUGUGUGUGUAUAUAGAUGUGGGAUAUCCUAAUGAUGUAAAGUUUAAUAUUUAUGUUCAAAAUUAUUUAUUGUGAUGUAAUAUUUUUGUACGUAAAAUGAUUCUAUUAUGACUGCCUUUUGCAUUGCUUUGUCCCCUGCAGUCAGACCACUGCAUUUUACGUACUCUACAUUAUAUGUAGUCCUCUGACAAAAGUGAUCCUUCAUUAUCACGGUACACUAUUGUUUACUUUCUGUCUGUAAAUGUUUUAUUGUUACUUUUUUUUUUAAUGGUAAUGUUUUUUUUUUUUUUAAAAAAACAACCUAGCCGCCAUCAAGGUGCUACAAAAGUCGUAUGAGGAUAUUUUUGCCAUUUCUAGGAAAGUAUGGUUAACCAAUAAGUAAUUUAGUGAUGUCACAGAUUGUACCAGCUAUUAAUUAUGUUAAAUAUCUAUUCAGUUUCAUGUGAUCUCUGGGAAAAAAAAAGUCACUGCCUUGGUGCUAAUAUUGUAUGUAUUUAAGUGAUCGUCAGACUCAGAAACGUAAACACUUCUAAUAAAAGGGAGAAACCGAAGGACAGCUUCCAAUGGACAGAAGCACUUGGAUGAAGCAAGACCAACUGGUUACCCUUAUUUGGGGACGUGCCUUUUGGGGAAGAGAGUUGGACUUUGUUGUUGUUGUUAUUAAUACUUUGCUUCAGUUCAUGGUGCCUUGGUCUCUCUGUGGUUACACGGAGGGUCCCCCGAGCAGCUUCGUUACAGAGUGACAUUGAGCAAAUGAGGUCUGCUCAGCGUUUUGCCAAGAUAUGCUAAAAUGGUGUCCACGUUUACUGGUUGCAAGACACAGGAUGCAUGGGGUGGGCGGUGGCCUUCAACACCCCCAGUACAUCCGGAGAAGGUCAGAACUGGGCUCUUAGUCAUCAGGACUGCCUUUUGCAUGAAAACAUUGGCUGGUAACUUGACUUCUCUUAAGGUCAUAAGCCUAAAAUCCUGCCAGUGUUCCUGGCUGCUGCAGUAAUUGGCACUCGUGAGGAGAAAUGAACUAUGGAGCACAAAAUGCCUGAGUCUUUCUCAUCUUCCGUUAAUCUUUGGAUUCUUUCCGUCUUUGGAAGUACCCUGUUGCUUCUUAACAAAAUGGGAGUGCCGAAGCCAUGUUCUUUCUGCCCUUCUUCCUGACUGAAGAAAAGUCAUCACCCAUAUCAGACACUUGAUUUGAGAAACCCUCCCACUUCAAAAAACUAAAGAGAUUGGGAAAAACUUAGCAGUAUUCUCCAAACCCAAACAAACUCCAGAGUGCUCCAGGAAGUUAUAUUCAAUGUAUGAGUGUUAUUCUCCAUUAUUAAUACAUUGUGAAAAUAUACUAUGAAUAAAUACCAUGACCACAUCAAA